UACAAAUAUAUAUAUUUUAUUAUUAUUAUUUUCAUUGAAAAAAUAAAUCAGAUUAAAACGAGCGCGCGGUGAGGGAGCGAUGCGGCUGGAGUGGUGCUUGUGGUGGAGGAGGUGAUGACGGUGAUGAAGAGUGCUAGGAUGCUCAUGAUGAUGAUGAUGAAGAUGAUGAUGAUGAAUCAGUCUCCGGCCCCGAGCUUCAGCAUCCGCUCCAUCCUGGGCACCGCGGUGGAGAGCGCGAGGCAGGACGGCGGAAGACGAGAUGGAGAUGGAGAUGUGGGUGGAGGUGGAGGUGGAGAUGGUGGUGGUGGUGGUGCAGGAGACUCGCGUGCAGCGGCGGUCUCGGUCUCGGUGGCGCAGAGGAGGCGCGCGCUCUCGGUGUCCUCGGACGGCUGCAGCGCUGAAGAAGAGGAGGAAGAGGAGGAGGAGUGUUUUUGCAAACUCCGACACACACUCUGCUCCAAAGCGACACACCCGAACUCUACAGUGACCAAGCCUACGUCUGAGGUGAAAGAGCUCACCUUGCACACCUGCACCAAUGACAUUAAAGAUGAGAAGAGUUCAGUGAGCAUCUGCAGUGAGAGGCUAGCCGAGAACUGCGGGGGAGAAGAUAAAUCCGGCAGUGGAGAUGCGGCGAAGAAGAAGACCCGUACGGUGUUCUCCAGGAGCCAAGUGUUCCAGCUGGAGUCAGCAUUCGACGCUAAGCGAUACCUGAGCAGUGCUGAGCGGGCGUGUCUGGCCUCCAGCCUGCACCUGAGCGAGACGCAGGUCAAGACCUGGUUCCAGAACCGGAGGAACAAGUGGAAACGACAGCUGGCAGCGGAGCUCGAGGCCGCACAUGUGGCUCACGCGAGUCCCUCGGUGGCUCGGACUCUGGUCGGAAUGCCACUGGCUGGAUUCGGCGUUCCUAUGCCGAGAUCUGCUGCUUUUCCCAUGUAUUAUCCCGGAAGUAAUUUUCCGGCGUUCCCUUUUUACAGUCUUUAUAGUAACAUUGAUUGCUGAGCUGAAGGGUUGAUGGUGGUAAAGAAGGCACAUCUGUUGACAGAGACCAAUGGGUGUGUCUUUGAAUGGGUUUGAUGUUUGGAAUUUGAUCUAUUGUAUUCGAGUGGGAUUGAUGUGCGUGUCUUUAAUUGAGUUUAAAUGGAAGACAAACAGGCCUGUUUGUGGACAAAUAGUAGUGUCUUAGAGUCAGAAAAUGGAGACGUGUCCUACAGCCUAUGUAUGGACUCAUGAAAUGCCCGAGCAGAAAAUCAUUCCCUCAGGUCAUGGGUUUAGCUCCUGUUAGCUAGUAGUGAUGGG